AAGAGGAAUUAAAAAGGGGUAUGAAAAGGCAAGCAAAUCUUAGCUGUAGAGAGUAGAAACCAUCCCUUCAACCAUCGGCCACAAUUUCUUCUUGGCAAGCCAACAAAAACUUGAAAUAAUCUAAAACAAAAUCAAACACUUUUUGGUAGAUUCUUUCCAGGUAGCGGCGGUGUAUUCGGUACACACUCAAAAAUAUAAUUUUAACUCCAGGCCAGAAAGAGUAGGUGAAAGUCGAAAAUUUUGGUGCCUUGUUCGAAGUUUAUUGGUCCAGUUUCUCCUAUAAAUACCAAAAGCCGAAUUAAAAAGCCUAUUUUUUUCUCGUACAUAUCACUUUGCUUCCCUUAAGUUAAGCGCGCUCUCUCUUCAUCUCUCUCUCUCUCUCCCAAUUCAGAUCUCAAAGGCCUAGACGCUGUUUCCUGUUUCAAAGCGUGAGAUGGCGACAACAUCAGCAGCUACAUUCUCGAUCGGAUCGACUGUCUCCUUUGGAAGAAGGGGGAGUCCACCUCCUCUAACAAAACCUUCUGCUGCAAGGUGCACCUCACAGAAUUCACUUGCAAGUUUCAGUGGCCUCAAGGCAGCAACAUCUGUGAACUGUGAUUCUGAGUCCUCCUUCCUUGGCAAAGAAAGCAGUGCAGCUCUUAGGGGCUCUUUCGCACGGAAAGCACAGAAGCCAAACCAGAGUUCUCACCAUGGCUUACAGCUUCAAGCAUCUUACAAAGUGGCAAUACUUGGAGCUGCUGGAGGGAUUGGUCAGCCACUGGCACUUCUAAUCAAGAUGUCCCCGCUAGUUUCAGCCCUGAACCUCUAUGAUAUAGCAAAUGUCAAGGGAGUGGCCGCAGAUCUCAGUCACUGCAAUACUCCUUCUCAAGUUCUGGAUUUCACUGGUGCUUCUGAAUUAGGAAAUUGUUUGAAAGGUGUGAAUGUGGUGGUUAUUCCUGCUGGUGUUCCAAGAAAGCCCGGUAUGACUCGUGAUGACCUCUUCAAUAUCAAUGCCAACAUUGUUAAGACUUUGGUUGAGGCUGUUGCUGAUAAUUGUCCCGAUGCCUUCAUCCAUGUUAUUAGCAAUCCGGUUAACUCCACAGUACCAAUUGCUGCUGAAGUUCUGAAGCAGAAGGGUGUUUAUGAUCCAAAGAAGCUUUUUGGUGUUACCACAUUGGAUGUUGUGAGAGCUAACACAUUCGUUGCUGAGAAGAAAAACCUUAAGCUCAUCGAUGUGGAUGUUCCUGUUAUAGGUGGACAUGCUGGUAUCACCAUUUUACCCCUGCUGUCGAAGACGAAACCUUCUGUUAGGUUUUCGGAUGAAGAAGUGGAGCAAUUAACUAUCAGGAUUCAAAAUGCUGGGACAGAGGUUGUAGAAGCAAAGGCAGGUGCAGGGUCAGCCACCCUGUCCAUGGCAUAUGCGGCUGCAAGAUUCGUUGAAUCAUCCCUUCGUGCUCUAGAUGGAGAUGGGGAUGUCUAUGAGUGCUCUUUUGUGCAAUCAGAUCUGACUGAUCUUCCGUUCUUUGCAUCUCGGGUUAAGCUUGGAAGAAAAGGGAUUGAAGCAAUGAUUCCAUCUGAUCUUCAAGGAUUAUCCGAGUAUGAAGAGAAGGCUUUGGAAGCUCUUAAACCAGAACUGAAGGCUAGCAUUGAGAAGGGAAUUGCAUUUGCGCAGAAGCAACCAGUUACAGCAUGAAACUGAAAAGUUUUUGAAGCUCUAAAACCUCAUUGAAACCAUGCUUUUAACACAUAUAAUCCCUGCACAAGAACCUUCAGUUUUGUAGAAUGAAUGUUGUUUUUUCUAUUUUCUUUUUCCAAAAUGAGGAUCACUAAGAAAGUGAAAGGGUAUUUUGAUGGUUGCAGAUGAGAAUAGUAUCAUUUUUCAAUCAGACUCUGUAAUGCUUUCGACUGUUUUGAAAUAACAUGGUUUAUUCCCCUA